CCGAGAGUCGAUCCCUGUCCCUCUAAUCUAGAUCCUGGCCAAUCAGAGAUGGUUUCUUCCGCAUUGGACUCAAUUCCGACCAGCCAAUCCAGAAAUGCAUGCGCCAUGUCUUUUUCAAUUUCUUCAAAUGAAUCUAUCAAAUCUGGUCACGAUUCGGAGUAUACCUAGAUUUCAUGCAUCCUCGUGUCUCUGCCACAAGAGGAACUAGCUCUGGUGCCGUGCGGUCUGGGCAGCCCAGAUAUGAAUCGGCCAUGAUUCCAAAGCAAGCUUCCUCCGGAGUCCAGACUGGCGCAUUGUUGCUCAAGCUGCCUUGUUCCAUCUGUAAAGUUGAUCAGAAUCUGCCGCACAGGCUAUACAGACCACUGGUUAUAGACCAGAAAUAUUCGGGGAUCCGAACCGGGUGAAAAUGGAUGGAUAGAUGAAUAGAUGAUAGAUGAAAUGGACCAUGCAGGUCGGG